AUGGUGCUGAACCACCUGCAGUGGUUCCUUGAGACGCGUAAACUGCUCCCACAGGCUGCCUCGGGAUUCAGGACGGGACGCAAUGCCAUGGACAGCAUCAUCGACUUGGUGUCGUUCAUUGAAGAAGAAAAUCAGUUCGCAUGGGAUGUGGUUGCUCAGUACUCCGAACUCCAGCAGAUAUUUACAGAUGCGUCCACAUCGCAAGAGUCGUCGACAUGCGCGUUCGUCAUUCCGUCAUCGGGAGAGCACCGUGCGAUGCGUCCGUCUCACAGGACGUCCUCAACUGCGGCAGAGCUCUACGCCAUCGAGGCAGCUCUCCUACACAUAGUGUCAAAAGAAACCCCGACUUCGUGGGUUAUUUUCUCUGAUUCAAAAUCUGGCCUCAAAGCAAUGCAAGGUUCGACGACAUCCUCACUUGCGCCGGUCGUCUACAGUGUUAUCGUAGCAUACAACUCUGCCGAAACAAAGGGUCACAACAUCAUCAUCCAGUGGAUCCCAGGGCACUGCGGUAUCAGUGGAAAUGAGAAGGCGGACCAGGCUGCUCGAAUUGCUCAUCAUAAAAGAACUACUCACAAAAUCUACUUCACGCAAUCCGAUGCGAAGUACUUGCUGGCCCCCCUACGUGAUCGCCUCUCUAAAACCAUGUGGACAAGCGACGUCAUGAAUCACUCGAUCCUCGCGCGAAUCGACCCCAACUGCACCUACUGCCUCCCACCGAAGAUGCCAAAGCCGUUAGAGUCCGUCAUCCAUCGCCUGCGACUCAACGUCCCGUUCGCAGCAGCCUUCCUUCAUAAGAUAGGGGUCGUUGGAUCGCCGAACUGUUCAACUUGCUGA